GUGCGGGGCGGAUCCGGCCGCGCACAAUGGGCCAUGGAGUUCCCGUUCGAUGUGGACACGCUGCUCCCGGAGCGGAUCACGGUGUUGGACCAGCACCUGCGGCCCCCGGCCCGCCGACCCGGAACCACAACUCCGGCCCGUAUUGAUCUGCAGCAGCAAAUUAUGACCAUCAUAGAUGAACUGGGCAAGGCUUCUGCCAAGGCCCAGCACCUGCCUGCUCCCAUCACCAGUGCAUCACGGAUGCAGAGUAACCGCCACGUGAUCUAUGUGCUCAAAGAUACCUCAGCCCGACCGGCUGGAAAAGGAGCCAUUCUUGGUUUCAUCAAAGUUGGGUACAAGAAGCUCUUUGUGUUGGAUGAUCGCGAGGCUCACAAUGAGGUAGAACCACUUUGCAUCCUGGACUUCUACAUACAUGAAUCUGUACAGCGCCACGGCCACGGGCGAGAACUCUUCCAGUACAUGUUGCAGAAGGAGCGAGUGGAGCCACACCAACUGGCCAUUGACCGUCCUUCACAGAAGCUGCUCAAGUUCCUGAACAAACACUACCACCUGGAGAGCACAGUCCCACAGGUGAACAACUUUGUGAUUUUUGAAGGCUUCUUCGCCCACCAACAUCCCCCUGCACGAAAGCUGCCACCCAAGAGAGCAGAGGGAGACAUUAAGCCAUACUCUUCAAGUGACCGAGAAUUUCUGAAGGUAGCUGUGGAACCUCCAUGGCCCCUCAACAGGGCCCCUCGCAGAGCCACACCUCCAGCCCACCCACCCCCACGUUCCAGCAGCCUGGGAAAUUCGCCAGAACGGGGUCCCCUACGUCCCUUUGUGCCAGAGCAGGAGCUGCUGCGGUCCCUGCGCCUCUGCCCUCCACAUCCUACUGCCCGCCUCCUUAUGGCCACCGACCCUGGAGGCAGCCUGGCCCAGCGUCGCCGUACCAGGUAAUAGGAGUCAGUGGAUUGGGGAUGUGGGCAGGAUGUCAGGGAAGUGGAUAGGUAGACUCUGGAGUCAAGAAACCUUUUGGGAAAAACACAUUGGACUGUGCUUAUGGAAGUGACUUGGAACAGCAUCAUAAUGUUGGAGCAGGACAGGGCAUUGGGGAGCCCAAACACCCUAGUCUGGACAUGAGAGUUGCAUACAUGGAGAGGCCCACUGGGGUGGUGGAGGGUGGAGUGGCUGGGCCUUCUGAGGGAGGGAAGUGUUGGUUGAAUGCCUGUGAGGGCAGGGUAGUGUCUCUGACUGGGGAGCCACUGGUCCCAAGGCAAUGCCUGUUUGUGCCAGGAGCCCACCCUAGCAGCAGGGCAUGGGCAACUCCUUUAUUUCUCUCUUGAGCUUUUCUCUUCACCUCUGACUUCUCUGUUUUUUUCUCUCUCUCUCCCCUGUUUUCCUUGUCCCUUCCUCCCAUCCAUAACAUCUCUCCACAGCUCCCUUCCCCGCUCUGAGGACAGCCGAUACUGACAGCUACCCCCUUCCUCCCUGGGAUAGGCAGUAGGCAAAAACUCCUCUCGCUGGGAACCUCAGAACCCACUCUUCCACUGCAUCCUCCUGAAACCACUGGAACCCACAGGGUUCCCUCUUCCCCUUUCUCAGAGAACUGGGUUUUCAGGGUCCAAAAUAGCCCAACGCUUUGUAGUUUUUCUUACCACAGAAAGGACCCCUGCUCUCCUGACUUGGGUUCCGAACACUCCCCACAAACUGCCUGACCCCCCGAUGUGGGGGCUUGCCCUAAUCACCUGGAGAAGCACACUCUUGCCUGCUGUCAGACUCUAGAACACCCUAGAGGGUCCAGGGGCCUCAUCUCCCAGGGAAAUCUUUUAAGGAGUCUUGUCCGUGGAGUAUCUCCCAUAUUCCCUUUACAGUGUCUACUGGGGCUCCAAUACUGCUUUGUGCCACCUGCCACACUUGCCCGUUCAACUUGCCAAUGCCAGCCAAAAGCUCUGCCUUUGAGCAAUCCAGUGAGGACAGGGACUUACCAGGUCCCCAGUGGGAUCCACUCAACAUUGCCAAACUCUUCAUUUCCGUGUAUAUGUGUCAGGGAACUGUCCCCACCUAGCUGAUGCUGCUUUGGGGUCUCUUAAGGAGUCUUGCUGAUACCACCAUUUCCCCAACAUCCACAUUCUCCGAGCAAGCUUCUGUCUUGGCAGUAGAUCCCGAAAAAUACUCUGGGAUCACUCAUGUUUUUCAAGAUAGAGGAUUAGGUCUCAAGGCUUGGGAAUCCCUUCCUAUCCACCCUGCCCUGUAGCUCUGCUGAUGUAUCUUUGUCUUGUGAGGUUGUCUUGAAAUAAGCUGAAGGACCACUCUUCCUCUGGCCUUCCCCUCUUCUUCCCUCUAUAGCAAGAUCCACCCUCCCUGCUCCAUGCCCAGGGCAUAGCUAGUUCCUUCGCCGUCUGCUCUUUUAUGUGUGGUAGAUCACAUACCCCAACUGUGUCCUCUUAAAUCCUUGGGAGCAGGAUCUCCCUCUCUCCCUCCUCCUCCCUUUUCUUUUUCCCUCUCUGUGUUGUCUGCAAAAAGUAAUGCGUUCCUUUGUGUUUUCUAAAUUUUCACUGGAAAAUACAAAAAAGAACCACUCAAACACAAUCUCACGGUGUCAGCCUCAUUUGUGUCUCGCCCUUUAUUUUCCCGGGGUCUCAGGACCACUAUCUGUCUCACCCUCCUUACCCCGAACCUCAGAGCUCUGCUCCGAGGAUUGGCUGUGCGCACACCCCUAGCUCAAGGCUCGUGCUCCCACACACUGUCACCUCAGGGAGUGGCUGGAUCCCUAUGUGCAGCCUCUGGGUCUACUCCCCAUUCCCUCAGGAACCUCCAACUUCCCCGCCUUGUGACUCUUACCCUUUGCCAAGGUUAGCCCUUUCCCAAAUGUCAAGACCUACCAACAUCAUCUUGGGAUCUACUGAUGAUCGCCACACUGACCCUGGAUUCCUCUUCCUGUUCGAAGUCUGGAUGACUGCCCCACUGAAGCCCUGGGUCUCUCGGGAAAAACCCCUUACCUCUAGCCAGAGUCCAAUAUGUCACCCUAUUCCAAAAGCUCCCUUCCUUUUCCUUAUAAAUUUGCCUUUGGUCUAAGUAAGGGUGUCUUAGGUUUUCCAAACUAUACAUCAGGGCACUAGGUCCAGCAAAUUUCUUUUUACCUAAACAUGAGUCUUUCUAUAAGAUCACAUUUAGCCACACAUUGAACAUACUACCUUAAUAAGAAUAAAGCAACAGAUCAGGACUGCUUCAGAUAAUCUUGGGUACAAAAUGAACUCUCUCCCCUUUCCUGGGCACAGCUUAGAUCAGAACCUGUUAGAAGUGGUAAGUACCCACUUCUUGUUCCACUGUUGUUCUAAUCCUUCCCUCCAUACCCGCCCAUCUCAUCCUGUAGCCUCUUCCCCAUCAUCUCCCAUUUUUUCUGCAGGGGGACUCCCCCAGGGCUGGUAGCCCAAAGCUGCUGCUACAGCCGCCAUGGGGGGUUGAAUUCCUCAUCC